AUGUCCAUUCGCCUGGCCUGUCCCGACGCGUUAGUUUUUUCCGUCUUCAAUUUCUUCUGCGCAAUUUUAUGAGACUUUUUUCUAUCCCACCUCACCCCCACGGAAGAGAGCAUUUUCGUGGUUGGAGGAGACACUGCGCAAGGUUGGUACUCCACGAGUGUCGAGGAGUUUCUGGUGGCAGAACGGCGCUGGCGCAAACGGGCGUCCCUCGCCGUCGGACGCCGCUGCCACGCUGCCGCAGUUCUGACGGAAGCCGGAGGGGAGGCGCUGAUCGGCGUUUUCGGUGGAUGGGGUAACGAUGGAUGCCUUUCCUCUUGUGAAGUCUAUGAAGUCAGUCGGGACAGGUGAGAGCACACUCGUCCUGGCGCCGCUUCUUUUUUCUUGCAAAAUCUCCCUGUUUUGCCUCCUCACGCGUCUCCUCCUCCUCCCCCCCAACACACACAGGUGGUUCAAACUGCCCGAUCUGCGAGAGAAGAGGGACGCCACAGCUGCUGCCUGCCUGCCCGGCGACAGUCGAAUCUUCGUUUUUGGCGGCUUCAAUGGCUCCUCCUUCCGGCUGGCUUCUGUGGAGUUCUGCCACCUGCGAGCAGACUGGCGAGAGAGGGCGACCUCGUCGGACUUUUGGCAGCCAGCAGCACCCAUGAGAACUGCACGAAGCAAGCUGGCAGCGACACACUUUCGGGGGAAAAUCAUUGUCGCCGGGGGAUUUGUUGGUGAAAAGGUGGUGGAGAUGUUCACACCACCAGAUGCCAGGUGUCCCCGGGGCCAGUGGACAGACUUGGCCGGCAUGAAGGAACCCCGCUCGCUUUUCGCCCUUCUCACCUCCACCGACGACGCCAUCUUUGCUCUCGGUAAUGAUGCCUCCUCCUGCUCCUUUGCUCUACACUGAUUGCAUUCCUUCUCAACUCUCUCCUCUUUUUCAUGCCAUUCCAUGGCCUUUUCUGUGUAAGUCCUUUUUAUGAGGAAGAUUAAGACAUCCCUAGUGAUGGUAAUCAUGUGAAAGUGUUACUUUGCAUGGCGUUUCGUAAACACAACGAGGUUAGGACCGAUGGUAGUCCGUUUGUAGUGCAAAUCGUCUGCUUAUUAAAGUAGAUUUUUACGAGAAUUAUGCAGCAGAAUGGUUAAAGCCUCUUCAGUAGGUACUGCGUUCAAAACUUACUUUGUCUACUCUGAGUUUUAUUGAAAUAAAUUUUUGUCUGGCGGUAUUGUGCAAAUCGUAUGCUAAUUUUGUCUAUUUUGAUAUUUAUGAAAGUAGAAUUUCACUGGAAUUAUUCGCAAUUUUCAGGCUCAGGAAACACGGUGGAGACUUUCACAGCACCAGGCGGAUCAGCUGAUGUCAUCAACGACUUGACAGCUUGGAGCUGGUCGUCGAAGAAACCGCUGGAGACGCUCGCAAAGAUCGCAGGAGCUGCAAGCAUUCGUCUGUAAACUUCUGCGUUUCUUGAUGUUCCUUCUAUGACCCGCAUGUUGAGAAAUAAACGACUUGCAAAGUAACCUGUUUUGUCGUUUUUUUUGAAAAAAUCCAAUGGGUGUGCAGUGCCCAACACCUAAGGCAACCGAUUAAUGGCGUGAUUAUCUCUGCAAGGAAUGAAAUGCAUGAACCAGUUAUUUUUUACGAGGGAGAUGCUCGUUUUCGGGAUAUAUGCCUGAUUAUGGGGAGAAAUCAUUGUCGCCAGCGGAUAUUAUACUGGAGAAGAAUGAGAUUUAGUGGUGAUGUUCUCACCGCCAGGUGUCCCCAGCGGGUUUAAUAAGCAUGGCCUCCAAUUUUUUGUUAAAAAAAACCCCAAAAGGGUGUAAAGUGUCCAACACUUGGGGUGAAACAUAAUCUCUAGCAUAUCUUUACGAGGAAUGAGAGAUGUGGUCGAGGUAAGUUUAGCAAAUAGAUGCCCACCUGCUGACGUAGUGAGGAACGCAGUAAGAUCGCAGAUCGGGGAGCUUGUGUGUUAAUGUGAAUGGCACACGUACUACUUACUGAGGCGACAGGAGCAGUUAGAGCGUGGACGGCGGACCUGGCACUAUGAAUUAGGACAGAUGUCACCAAGUCUGAAUAGUGUCCCACUCCAAAAGCAAAUUUGCCCACCCCCACGAAAUGCGAUAGACUGGUGUGUGAGUUGCUUUCGGCCUUCUCUUUUAGGGGAAACGUUACACUCCUUAGUAUUCGGUCGACGGAAGAUGUCGGAUGCAUGUACGCUGUCUGUCUCCGUAGCAUAAAUUGAUCCUUUUCUUCAUCUAAAAAAGAUUAAAGGUUGGACUGUCUCGGGAUUUAUGCUUAGCAAAGAUUUCACCGAGCACGACGAGCUCGCAUGAAUGAUGUCAAGGGUAUUUAACAUAACGCAUGUUCAAAUAUAACCCAGGUUAGUGAUUUGGAUGUAACCAGAGAUACGAUUAACUGAAUCGGCACUAGCUGCGUGGGAACGCCCUGCUUCUUGUUGCGUACCAGGUGGACUAUCAGUUAUCAGGGGCGCACCUCGAGUUGGUGGCCCCUGGACCGUGAGGUGGCCUGCGUGUCUGACGAGAGAAAAUCGAUCGUGCCGAACCUGACACAACAACAGGCACAACCCCUGCAGCCUCCAUCAUCAGACGUGAGGGCCAGGACUACAUGAUAUUAGAGAAGAAUUAGCCGUAGUGGUGAUGUUCUAUCCACCAGGUGUCCUCAGGGCAAAAAACAUGACAUCCCAAUUCUAUUUUUAAAAACUGCGAAAGUGUCUUAAUUGUAUAACGCAUGGGGUGAAAAUCUCUAGCGUAUCUCUGCGAGGAAUGAGAGAUGUGGUCGAGGUUAGUUUAGCAAAGAGAUGCCAACUUGCUGACGAAGUGAGUAACACUAGUAAGAUCGCAGAUCGGGGAGCUUGUGUGUUAAUAUGAAUGGCACACGUACUACUUACUGAGGCUACAUGAACAGUUAGAGAGUGGACGGCGGACCUGGCACUAUGAAUUAGGACAGAUGUCACCAAGUCCUAAUAGUUUCCCACUUCUAAAAGCAAAUGUAGCCCACCCCCACGAAAUGCGAUAGACUGGUGUGUGAGUUUCUUUUGGCCCUCUCCACUAAGGGAAUUCGGCAUAAGUGAUUGUGACCUGAUAUGUCAUGAAACGUUACAUUCCUUAGUAUUCGGUCGACGGAAAAUGUCGGCGGCAUGUACGCUGUCUGUCUCCGUAGCAGAAACUGAUCCGUCUCUUCCUCUGAAAAAAGAUUUAGCGGUUGGGCUGUCUCGGCAUUUAUGCUUAGAAAAGAUUUCACCGAGCACGACGAGCUCACAUGAAUGAUAUCAAGGGUAUUUAAGGAAACGCAUGUUCAAACAUAACACUGGUUAGUGAUUUGGUCGCAAACGGAGAUACGAUUAACUGAAUUGGCACUAUCUACGUGGGAAGGCCCUGCUUUAUGUUGCGUAUCAGGUGGACAGUCAGUUAUUAGGGGCGCACUUCGAGUUGGUGGCUCCUGGACCGUGAGGUGGCCUGCGCGCCUGACGAGAGAAAAUCGAUCGUGCUCGAUGGAUGACGCAGCUGGCAGAUUUCGCCAGAUGGCCGAACGCUGAAUGCGAGCAGAAGCGCCCAUAGAUGACCUUGGCGGCAGGUAGUCAGUGGCGUGAUGCGCUGGAUCAACACGCGAGCUAAAUCGGGGCUUGUCUGGCGUUAAUUGGAAACGUCCACUCAGGAAAUGUCAACAUUUUGUCCGACUUUCAGACAUACGUAGACUUUGUCUUUGCUAGACAUCCACAUUUCCAUCAAAAAUGUCAGUUGCCGAUGCCAGAAAUGCCAGAGUCGGUCAUAAAAAUAAAAGGCUGUGUUUUUACUUAAAACACGGUUAGAUCGCCGUCAGUCACAAUUUGGACAUAUCUACUGGACAGGUUAUGAGACGAAGUGCGAAUAUUUGCAUGAGUGCAGACGUUAUUAUUACGAAUGUGCGUGUGAUAGUAUAGGAAAUUCAGUCCAUGCAUAUUUCACCCUCUCUUCGCCCCUCCAACUUCAAACUGUUGCUGUCUUUGUUCGAUAAUGAACUUGAAACUUCAAGUGAACAUUACUUUGGCCCUAGUGAUCGAGUGAUUUUCCUCACAGCAAAAUAACACUGUUAAGGAAGCUCCAGUUCUGAAAAUGAAGUGGGUUCGGUCUCCGAAGUUGCUCCUAAGAGAAACCGCAGUCUGCUGUAUACUUACGUGGUUCCCUACGACAACGAAGGCACUAUUAAUCAGUCAUUGUAAAUAUCUGUAUUUUGCAGUCAGAAGGCUUUUUACAUUCAAGGUGAAACAAAUGCGAUGGAGUUGUGAUUAACAACGACGCAGCAUGCAUCGAUCGCAGUCCGUGCACGUGGAUUUCGCCAGAUGGCCGAGCGCUGAAUGCGAGUAGAAUCGCCCCUAGAUGACCUUGGCAGCAGGUAGUCAGUGGCGUGAUGCGCAAUUGUUGCGUGUGUACGUCACUGGACAAUGGCAGUGUCCCUAAAACCGGUCACGCGGCAGAUGCGCUGGAUCAACACACGGGCUAGAUCGGGGUCUGUCUGGCAUUAAUUGGAAACAAGCAUUCAGCAGAUUUGCAACAUUGUGUCGACUUCAGCUUGCCAGGUAAACCGUAUUUCUAACAAAAAUUCCAGUCUCCAAAGUCACAGAAUCGCCAAAGUCAGUUUUUAGAACAAAGGAUGAGGUAAGUAUUUAAAAAACAGCUAGACCGUAAACAAUCACAAUUUAAAUAUAUUUACUCGGGAAAUUGUCAAACGAAUUACGAAAAGCUGAAGUGAAUGCGGACGUUAUGAUUGUAUACAUCCGCAUGAUAGCAUAGGAAUUGCAGCUUAUAAAAAUUUCACCCUUUGUACGUCCCCGAAGUAAGUCUGUUGCUGUCCUUGAUCGAAAAGGUAUCGGGAAAUUCGAGUGAACAUUAUCAUCGCUCCAGAAAUUGAGUGAUUCUCCCCACAUCAAAACGACACUGCUAAGAAUGCUUCACUUCUGAGAAAUAAAAUGGUUCAGUCUCCAAAAUUGUCCCUAAGCCUUGGAGUAAGUAAGUCUGUUGCUGUCCUUGGCCGAAAAGGGAUCGGGAAGCUCAAGUGAACUUUAUUUUCGUCCAAGCUAUCGAGUGAUUCUCAUCACAUCAAAAUGACACUGCUAAGAAUGCUUUACUUCUGAAAUAUAAGUGUGUUCAGUCUCCGAAGUUUAUCCUAAGCUUAACUAGUGGGAUUCGAACGCACGAGAGCAAAGAGAGGCUUAAGUAUGGCCAACGCUCUAGCCACCUGAGAUACGAGGCCCCACCGGACGACGCGAGUUGAAUCACAUCUAAAUCAAGUUUACCCGUCCGAUCUAGUGGAACGUCUAGAAUACACCAUAUCUGAUAAAGUAAGCUGACUUUCGAAGCAGGAUUUUCUAACUUGUACAUCCAGACUCCAGCAGAUGGCUAUGGGUCUCACGUAAUUCAUAGGUAUUAUGGCAGAUACGAUUAAUGUAGCGUCGUCCGGUGGCGCCUCGUCGCUCUGUUGGCUAGAGCGUUGGCUGUGCUAAGGCUAACUCUUGCUGUAGAAGGUUCAGACCCCAUCAAGACGCCGAGUAUUUUAUAUGCGUGUCAAAAUGACUCGUCUGAGUACUUGAGUUUAAUACGGCAAUAUCGACAAUAGUCGGCCAAGCUGUAAUAGGCUCUCCUUGCCAGUCAAAAUAAGGAGAUAUGGAUUACUUGACAUAGUUAAACCCUUGCAGUCGUGGGUUCCAGUCCCGUCGUGGCACCGAUGUUUAACAAUUCAAUCAACGUGGAUGUGUGAGACUUUAGGAAAUAUAUUCUGUAAACUGAAGGGGCUCUCGGCUCUGGCGGAUAGGCAAUUUAAGAAUAUGCAGUGGUUAUACCUUCAGUUGUGACAGAUCACUGAUAUGUCAGAUAAAUUCCCCGCGAGCUGGUUGUAAACCUGCAGAUAUGUAUUCUCUUACGAAUGUUGCACUCAUUGCAUUAGGGCUCCUGUCAUCAUUAUUCACAAACCAAGUGACAGACGCGAGCAGAUCACGCCACUCUGGGUGCACAGAUUUGCACUAAAAUCUACUGAUCCGAUGCGGAGGGAGGGAGGGAGCUGGCUGGGUGGGGUUUCGUGUGUGCAGAUUAAAGGCGUGCUGGUGUUGUGUGUUAGCAGGGUGAGGCUUCAAUUCCCGUGAAAGAAGAGGAUGACGCACUCUCUACUCGAUCUCCUCUUCAGUCUCACAGCAACUGCCGCCCUGAAUUACGCUAGCCCUUUGCCUAAGCUAGCGAGCAGAUCACGCCACACUGGGUGCACCGAUUUGUACUUAAAUCUACUGAUCCGGUGCGGAGGAAGGGAGGGAGCUGGCUGAGUGGGAUUUCAUGUUGGCAGAUUGCACGCGCGCUCGUGUUUUGGUUUACCAGGGUGGGGCAUCGAUUCCCGAAAAAGCAGAGGAUGACGCACUCUCUACUCGAUCUUCUCUUCAGUCUCACAGCGACUGCCGCCCUGAACUACGUUAGCCCUUUGUUGAAGCUCAAUGUAGGCAUAGGUGAUCCAGAUGGUGGUGUGGAACUGUUGUUUUUCAGCGGUUGUAAUUCAAACGCAGUGUGCUGAAGAGCGUGUUACCGAUCAGAGUUAGGCAAACAUCGGCAAAAUCGCACUGCUUGCAUACUGCACAACGUUCUAUGAAGUACAGGCGUAUGGUUUGGUCUUGGGCAGGAUAAACAACGGUGGCGUAAGUGGCAGUGUGAGAACGAGAGAGAUUAGAUCAGAUGAUGCGUCGGCUCCACGGUGGCAUGAAGGUUCGAGACCCAGACAUUUGACCUGACAGGAUAUGUCAAGGUAAACGACCCCCAGGUAAGCUGAAUAUUGUCUUGUUGUCUUUGCCCGCUCACCAUCUCCAUUUCAGCAACGAGCUAGCUCAGCGACUAGACAACCUUCCCAUCACUGCCGCUGCCGCCGCCCACGCACCCCAUGCCGAGAACGCCUGCGUGGAUAACCGAUGGUGUCAACUGCGAGACACGGUCCAGUCGACGGCACUCGCCGUCCUCGGUCGCGCUCGACGCCAACAUCAGGACUUGUUCGACGACAACGACGCCGUCAUCAGCAAUCUGCUCGCCGAGAAGAACCGCCUUCACAUAGCCUACGUAGACCACCCCACAGAUGACAAAAAAGCUGCCUUCUACCGCAGCCUCCGCCACCUUCAAAAACGACUGCGCGAGAUGCAGGACGCCUGGACUGCACGCAAAGCUGAGGAAAUCCAAGGGUACGCGGACCGCAACGAAUGGAAGAACUUACUCUCCGCGAUCAAAACUGUCUACGGUCCGCCAACGAGGAGCACUCCUCCUCUCCUCAGCGCCGACGGUAGUAAUCCCCUGACUGAGAAGACACAAAUUCUACAACGAUGGGCCGAGCAUUUCCGAGGCGUCCUCAACCGCCCCUCCGUCAUCUCAGACGCCGCCAUCGCCCGCGUGUCGCAAGUGGAGACCAACGCAGACCUCGACCUCCCGCCAUCUCUCCAGGAAACCAUCAGGGCCGUGCAGCAGCUCUCCAGCGGGAAAGCACCCGGAUCAGACGCAAUCCCUGCUGAGGUCUACAAGAACGGAGAUCCCCAACUGAUGGAUCACCUGACUGCGCUCUUCCAGGAGAUGUGGCAUCAAGGUGAAGUCCCACAAGACUUCAAAGACGCAAUCAUCCCGCAUCUCUAA